AUGCAAUACCAUGGAGGCGGUGUAGGACACCCCACCUGCAAAUUCACCCACAACCUAGAAGCCAAAGCGAUGUUCAAAGACUCCCCAUUACCAGUAUAUGAUUGCAACACCGGGAUCAUCAUGGUUCGCUCCCUGUCCCUGAUAGACGAGGUGCUGGAUGAGAUGGAAGAAGAUGUAGCUGAAGAAGACAAUCAGUUAGAAGAGGAGGACAACAAUGAUGAACUGUGGCCAUCAGAAGAGUCCGACUCCUCAGAGGAUCUAUCUGCUGAUGGCUAUACCUCGCAGGACAACGACCUCGACAAACUCAAGGAUUUUUGA